AAUUCCUGAAGACAACAAUCCCAUUAAUAUGAUUCCAGACUUCUCACACAUAAAACAAGAACCAAUUGACAUAGAUGAUGAUUCAAUCAGCACAAUCUCAGAGGAUACACCUGGAUUUUCAGUGUAUAAACAGGUACCUGGGACAGACAAUCAGAUGACCUUGGAUGAAGCCCAGAAUCACUUUAGAGUUAUUACAGUUAAUGACACAGGAGCAGGAAAGCAUUGGUGUGACAAUGAAGUUAGAGCUCUGAUAAAUAUAUGGUCAGAUGAGGAAAUACAAAAAAUGCUUGAAGGAGCAACAAGAAAUAAAGAAAUAUUUGAGGAGAUUGCCAGAAGGCUAAUGAAAGUUGGAAUAGACAGAGACUGGAAACAGUGUCGUACAAAAUACAAGAACUUAAAAUAUGAGUAUCGAGCGGUACAGAAAGAAAACAAUCAGCUUGGCAGUGCAAGUAGGAAGAUGAGAUUUUACGAAGAAAUUGACUGCAUUUUGAGGAACCAGCCCUCAGAGAUGUUUACAGAAGUUAUUACAGACACAAUACCACUGAGGGUCAAGAGGAAAGCCUCUGAAGAAGAACCCUCACCUAUUCAAUUUAAGAAGAGCACUUCAGAGAAUACAACAAUGCAAUCACAAAGAUGUGUCUCGGAGGGCUUGCAGUCUGUUAUCAAAAACCGAACAACACUUUUAGAGAGAUUUUACAAACAGGAAGAAAUGCAGGAUGUCAGAGGAAAACCACUGGACACUGUCCUUCCCCCCACGCAACAGGCGUCCCGGGCCGCCGCUCCUCUCGCUUCAAUGGCUCCGAUACAUUCAGAACUUAAACUGGGCAAAAAAAUAAACGAGGGAAAAACAAAAGAAGUUUAUGAAUUGCCAACUUACCCGGGAUGUGUUCUGCUGCAAUCAAAAGACCAAAUAACUGCUGGAAAUGCAGCUAGAAAGAACAUCAUGGAAGGGAAGGCUGCAAUCUCAAAUACAACAACAACUUGUGUGUUCCAGUUGCUUCAGGAAUCUGGCAUCAAGACUGCUUUUGUGAGAAAACAUAGCGAUACAGCAUUUAUAGCUGCUCACUGUGAAAUGAUUCCAAUUGAAUGGGUUUGUAGAAGAAUUGCCACUGGUUCUUUCCUGAAGAGAAAUCCUGGUGUUGAAGAAGGCUAUAAAUUUUAUCCACCUAAAAUUGAGAUGUUUUAUAAGGAUGAUGCAGCAAAUGAUCCACAGUGGUCUGAAGAGCAACUCAUUGAAGUUAAGUUUAAGCUUGCUGGCCUUGAAAUCGGACAAACCGAAGUAGAUAUCAUGGCACAGUCCACCCGAGCCAUUUUUGAAAUACUUGAAAAAGCAUGGCAGCCCCAGAAUUGUACGCUAGUGGAUUUGAAGGUUGAGUUUGGGGUUAAUGUAGCCACAAAAGAAAUUGUCCUUGCUGAUGUCAUUGAUAAUGAUUCUUGGAGAUUGUGGCCAUCUGGGGAUAGAAAACAACAAAAGGACAAACAGUCUUACCGUGAUCUCAAAGAAGUGACUCCUGAAGCACUGCAGAUGGUGAAAAGAAACUUUGAAUGGGUGGCUGAAAGAGUGGAGCUGUUAUUGAAACCACAGAGUCAAGGCAGAGUGGUUGUCCUCAUGGGUUCAACCUCAGAUCUUGGUCACUGUGAAAAAAUUAAGAAGGCAUGUGGCAGUUACGGUGUGCCUUGUGAAUUACGAGUGACCUCUGCUCACAAAGGACCGGAUGAGACACUGAGGAUCAAAGCAGAAUAUGAAGGGGAUGGGAUUCCCACAGUGUUCGUUGCAGUGGCUGGUAGAAGCAAUGGCCUGGGACCCGUAAUGUCUGGAAACAGUGCUUAUCCCGUUGUCAAUUGUCCUCCACUCUCAGCAGAUUGGGGUGCCCAGGAUAUAUGGUCAUCUCUGAGAAUGCCUAGUGGUCUUGGCUGUUCCACAAUUCUUUCGCCUGAAGGUGCUGCCCAAUUUGCUGCUCAGAUUUUUGGGUUGAAUGACCACUGUGUAUGGGCCAAGCUGCGAUCAAACAUGCUGAAUACAUGGAUCUCCCUAAAACAGGCUGACAAAAAAAUGAGAGAGUAUACUUUAUAGAUGAAUUCCUAAACCACUGUUUCAUUUUGGCUUCCAGAAUUUGAUGGCAUAUCAUUCCUAGAAUAAGGAUUUACUAAUGGGAAACUAUUUCUAAUCUAUUUUAUGGUAAAGAGUAUCAGGUGAUCUCUGUGUUCCAAGCAACUGUAGGCAACUAAUCUCGUGUUUUCUAGAAACAGUAUAACUUAAAAGCAGAGUUAUAUGCGUUAACAUAGAAUAGAUCUUACUGAUCCAUCAUGACUGGCCAUUUAAAAGAAAUCUUACCUGUCUUGACUUGUAAUCCUGUACAGAAUAUGCCCAUAUAGUGAUUCUCCUAACAUUUAUAUUAAAGCUAGCAAUGACAUUAA